AACCCUCAAUUCGAUUGCGCGGCCGUCAAUUUUAGCCCAUUGCUGCCCUAGGGUUUUAGUCUAUUUGAGCGUCUUCCGCAGCAUUCCUCACUUCCACCCAUUCGAUCACUUUGUCCAACUCCCUCAGCGGAGCCGCAUAGAAGAUCGAGCAAUGGCGUUUGUCAAAGCCCAGAAGACAAAAGCUUACUUCAAGCGGUUUCAAGUUAAAUUCAAGAGAAGGAGACAGGGGAAGACUGACUAUCGGGCAAGGAUUCGCCUGAUCAAUCAAGACAAGAACAAGUACAACACUCCAAAAUAUCGGUUUGUUGUGCGAUUUACCAACAAAGAUAUAAUUGCCCAAGUUUCAUCUGCAAGCAUUGCUGGUGACCAUGUCCUUGCUGCUGCUUAUUCUCAUGAGCUGCCUCGUUAUGGCCUUGAAGUUGGUCUCACCAAUUAUGCUGCUGCUUACUGCACUGGACUUCUUUUGGCUCGUCGAGUUCUGAGAAAGCUGGAUAUGGAUAAAGAGUAUGAAGGAAAUGUCGAGGCUACUGGAGAGGAUUUCUCUGUUGAACCAGCUGAAAGCAGGAGGCCUUUCCGGGCACUCCUGGAUGUUGGCCUUGUGAAAACCACAACCGGGAACCGUGUUUUUGGUGCGCUUAAGGGAGCUCUGGAUGGUGGGCUCGAUAUCCCUCACAGUGACAAGAGGUUUGCUGGGUUUAGCAAGGACAACAAGCAACUUGAUGCUGAAGUGCAUCGGAAAUACAUCUAUGGUGGCCACGUGUCUGCUUACAUGAAUACUUUGAUGGAAGAUGAACCUGAAAAAUAUCAGUCUCACUUUAGCGAGUACAUCAAAAAGAGUAUUGAGCCAGAUAACAUUGAGGCUAUGUACAAGAAGGUCCAUGCAGCCAUUCGUGCUGAUCCCACAGAAAAGAAAUCUGAGAAGCAGCCACCAAAGGAGCACAAGAGAUACAACCUUAAGAAGCUUACGUAUGAGGAGAGGAAGGCCAAGCUGAUUGAAAGGUUAAAUGCUCUGAAUGCUGCUGCUGGAAAUGAUGACGAGGACGAGGAUGAUGACGAGUGAACAUCAUUACAUUAGGAGUUUAAAUUUCUGUCAAAUUUUGGUUUUGUUCUGUUCUAAUGAUGCCUUUGUUGGCAUUUUAGGAAGACGGCGGUUUUGUUUUAUUUUGUUCUCUGGUCACAAUAGAUUGUGGAGUUCAUGAUUUCCGUUUGAAUUAAACUUUAAAUUAUCUGCCCCCCAUAUUUUCAAUUUUUGAAGAAUGAAUUUCAUCU